AAAGUCAUAUAUCUAUGCUUAUACUCAGAAUCAGUCAUAAAAGAAGAGAUCAAAAUCGAAUGGCUUCUUUCGCCCAUUUCUUGAUCCCAUUAUUCCCCCUAGUGAUGUUCUUCAUCUUCCUUUACAAAUGGCAAAGUAGUAAUAAUAAUCAUGCCCAAAAAAGGGUACCUCCAUCUCCAAGAAAGCUACCCGUGAUUGGAAAUCUGCACCAAAUCGGCUUAUCCCUUCACAAAUCGCUCCACUCUCUCUCUACAAAACACGGCCCGCUAAUGCUUCUCCGUUUCGGCCGUGUACCGGUUCUCGUUGUCUCGUCAGCCGAUGCAGCACGUGAGAUAUUGAAGAACCAGGACUCAAUCUUCUCAAACCGGCCCAAACUAACAAUUCCGUAUAAAUUAUUCUACGGCUCAAAGGACUCGGUUUUUUCUCCGUACGGAGAUUACUCGAACAAUAUGAGGGACGUAUACAUCCAUCAUCUUAUGAGCGUUCAUCGGUCGUCUUUCCGUGACGCGAGGGAUGAAGAAACAUCCCUCAUGAUUCUGAAUAUGACGCGACAAUCGAGCUCGGUCGUUAUAAACUUGAGUGAUAUGUUGGCUUCGCUAGCGCACAACGUGUUUUGUCGGGUGGCGUUUGGGAGAAAAUACAGCAUUAAAUGCGACGAGGGCAGAGAGUUGAGAAUGAAGUUAAACGAAGAGAUGGAGAUGUUGGGUAGUACUUAUUGUGUAGGCGAUCACAUCCCUUGGUUGGCGUGGAUCGAUCGGGUGAGUGGUUUAAAUGCUAAAGUGGAGAAAUUGGCUAAGUGGUUUGAUCGAUUCUUGGAGACCGUACUCGAGGAGCAUAGAGCUAAGAAUAUUAUUGGAGAGAGCGUAGAUUUUGUGGACAUAUUGAUUGAACUUCAGAGAUCGAACGACAAAGACGGAUCAUUUGCCGUUGGAGACGAUGAUAUCAAAGGUGUUAUACAUUAUUACGAAAAAAUAUUACGUCAUGCUUUUUCGACUAUCUUUCGAUUUUUUUUCUUGCAGAACACGUUUGUUGGUGGAAUCGAGGCAACAUUUUCUGUUAUGGAGUGGACGAUGGCGGAGCUUUUAAAAAAUCCAAAUAAAAUGGAAAAAUUGCAGCAUGAAGUUAGACGAGUAGCCGGAUACAAUGAUGAGAUAACGGAGGAUGAUUUAGAGAAGCUGCACUAUCUCAAAGCAGUGAUCAAAGAGUCCAUUCGACUACACUCCCCUGCUCCGUUACUGGUCCGCGAAUCAACACAAGACACAAAGGUAACGGGUUACGAUGUUCCAGCUGGCACGAUGGUUGUUGUCAACACCUGGUCGAUUGGAAGAGACCCGAUGUUGUGGGAAAAUCCAGAAGAUUUCAACCCCGAAAGGUUUCUCGAUAACAAUAUGGAUUUCAAGGGUGUGCAUUUUGAGUUCAUUCCAUUUGGGGCGGGGCGGAGAGGCUGCCCGGGUAUGGAUUACGUAACCGUACUUAGUGAGCUUGCAAUAGCAAGACUGGUGCAUAAGUUUAACUUUGAUCUGCCCGAUCAGGCGAGGAAGAAUGAUUUGGAUGUGUCUGAAACGGCCGGUGCAAUUGCCCAUCUCCAAUUUCCUCUGCUUGUAGGCGUUACUGAGUCACUAUACUUUCUCGAAGAAUCUUGGGAUUCACGGCAAUAAGAUUUUUAUUUCGUUGGA